AUGAGUGCAGCUACUUGGACGUCUUUUAUAAAAUCCAUUGCAUCUUAUAAUGGAGACAUCUCCUCACUUACGGCGCCACCGUUCAUUUUGUCGCCAACGUCUUUGGUCGAAUAUUCUCAGUACUGGUCCGAACAUGUGGACCUCUUAUUAGAGCCUAACUUUGUCACUGCUAGGGGAGACGAGCCAAUUGAGCUAACCAGAGCCAUUGGUGUAUUACGGUGGUUUAUAUCCACCUUGAAAUCACAAUAUUGUUCUCGUAACGAGUCGCUUGGCGGAGAAAAGAAACCAUUGAACCCCUUCCUUGGAGAAAUCUUUGUUGGUAAAUGGCCCCAUGAAGAAUACGGUGAAACCAUCCUCUUAAGUGAACAGGUGAGCCAUCAUCCUCCAAUCACCGCAUAUGCAGUCUCCAACAAGAAGAAUAACACCGUAUUGGAGGGAUACAAUGGUAUCCGUGCCUCCAUGUCCACAACCGCCCUUAAUGUCAAGCAGUAUGGCCAUGCAAUGCUUGAAUUCAGAAACCUGAAUGAAAACUACCUAAUCACUUUGCCUCCACUACACAUUGAGGGAAUGCUUGCAUUUUCCCCCUUUGUGGAAUUGGAACAAAAGUCAUACAUCCAAUCUAGUGCAGGUUAUUUCAUUGUAAUCGAAUACUCUGGUAAGGGUUAUUUCUCCGGUAAAAAGAAUUCCUUCAAGGCACGUAUUUUCAAGAGUUUCAAGGACUCAAAGAAGAAGGAAAACGCCCUAUACACUGUGGCGGGCCAGUGGUCGGAUAAAUCAACAAUCAUUAAAGGAUCUUCCACUCCAAGCUCAAAGGACGAGUUGUUCUUUGAUGCAAAUGCUACAAAGGCACAGCAUUUACAAGUCAAGCCUAUUGAGGAGCAGCAUGAUCUCGAGAGUCGUAAGGCUUGGUUGGACGUUGCCAACGCCAUCAAGGACGGAGACUAUGAUGAGAUCCAUAAUGCCAAAUCAAAAUUAGAGAACGCACAGAGGGAUUUAAGGAAAUCCGAACUCGAAGAAAAUAAAUCUUGGGAAAGAAGAUGGUUUGAUGAGGUGGAUUACCAAAAUGGUGGCAUCUCAGACGACGACUUGUAUGUCAAACUAUCCAAAAUGGCAAAUUUGUCAAUUAAAAACGUCCCCUCUGGUGUCGAUGCAGACUCAUCAAAGAAUAAUGAGGUGGAUACAAUGUCCCAUUGGAGAUUUAUCCCUUCAAAAUUCGAAAAUGAAAAGGAAAUCAAAAUAUGA